ACCACGUGACCUAUGGUCGUCAUCAAAAGGUGAAAGCAAACCAGAUUGUUCUGCUGUUCAGUUGUAAGAUGUUCCGAGCACGACCGUAUAACUUUGGGCUGAGGAUAAUCUACAACAGACCAAAUACAUAGACAGUCUAUGUAUUUAUCAUCAUUUAGCGAAGUUUUGAUAAUGUUACCAGAAUAUAUUCCGAAGAAAGUCAUGCUGGAUUCUAGAGAGAGUGAGAGGAUUUCCAUGCUUCUAUCAACACAUCUGGAAAGAAAGUUUACGGGAACAAAGGAGGAGGUGGACAUCAGGAGGAGGGUAACAGUCUUAGGCGAAUAUUUAGACCAGAUGGAGGUUACAUGUGGAAGCCAUGGAGAGGGAUUUCGUCUAAGAGGUUCAGAUAUAGACGGAAUGCUUGCAGACAUGACCGUUGCAGUGAUUUACCCUAAUCAGUUUAUUUCUCGCAAUAUGGCAAGCAAAACAAUUCUUUACAUAAGAGAGGCAGACUGUCGCCCUGGCUAUGUCCACUUACAGUUCGGUCAGAUGGGACAGGGAUGUAGAAAACGGUUAUUUGAUUCACUUGUUAGAGUUGGAAAUUCAACGUUUCUUUCCAGUGGUAUGUACAGAGAGCUAGCUGUCAAUUUUUUCAGUGAUUAUGCAGGUAAAACCCUAGAAUCCAAUGGGCCCAGUUGUACAGUAAACUCACAUGGAUAUACUAGUAUGGACAUUGUUUGGUCUUUGUUUUGUUACAGUUGGCCAAAGGAGGCUAAUGAAUGGAGGACACGUACACGUCUUUAUGGAUGGCCAUGUCAAACCUUGAUUGAUAAUAUUGUAGACAGUGGAUUCUUUCUCGUCCCAGUUGGCGAUAAAUGUUCUGAGAACACAUUUUUACAAUGGAGAAUAUCCUUUGCAAAAGCAGAGAGGUCUUUAGUUCACUCCUUUACACACAUCCAAUUCAAAGUAUAUGCUUUGCUGAAAUAUUUCUUAACACAAAUAAAAGGCACGUUAGCAGACACCAUUGGGGAUGAUGACAUCCUGUGUUCGUAUUUUUUAAAAAUAGUCAUGUUUCAUGCAAUAGAGAAUACCAGCCACAAGUUCUGGCAAGAGAAAAACUUAUUUUAUUGUUUUUGGUUUUGCUUCAAUAUACUGAUUGCUUGGGUCAGGGCUGGAUACUGUCCAAAUUACUUCAUCCCAACCAACAACUUAUUUAAAAGGAAAGUCCAUGGACAACAUCAGCAAAUUCUGUUAGACGUUUUAAACAACUUUUAUCAGAUGAAAUGGAUGUGUCUUUCAGUAGGAAACCACUUCGAUCCAAUAUGGUGGCAUCUUUGUAAUAUCUCAAAUCAAGCUGAACUUUUACGUCCCAAAACCGAGCAGGAUAUUGUUUUCCAACAGGAUAUAAAUAUUAUUGACUCUUUAAGAUUUAAUAGUGGCAUUGCCAAUCGAACUACCCUGAGGAAAGCACUCAAGGUACUAUCAACAUCGAAGUCAGAUCUUGAUGAAUUUUUCACAUACCAUCAUAUUACGGAAUACCUUUAUAAAAUCGCAUCAGAUCAGAUUUAUCCAGAUCACGUGAUUGCUACAGACAACAAGACCAGGUACAGAAGUCUAAGGAAAUGCAAGCACUGGAUGAUUCCCAGAGCAUCAAUGGGUACAGAACUGUUGUAUUUGGCAACGUGUCACUUUCUCCUAGGAACUUUCAGUAAAGCUCUGGAUAUGUGCAAGCAAAUGACAAAACUAGCAUCAUAUUUUACACUAAGUUAUCCUAACCUGCAUACUUUUGGGUAUUGUCAAUCUGGUCAGGUAUUGGGUAGACUGCAACAAAUCUUCACAGCCGAGUUAUUUUUUCAUGAUCAAGGGAUUUAUCUUCCUCAUAUUUGUCUGGAAAUGAAAAGGCCCACAGAGUACCCACCACUGCCGUAUGCUGUGUUCCUGUCCUUUCUGUGUUGUCAUGAGCUUGGAGACGCCAGAGGACGUGAUGCAGCAUUACGCCAGCUGACAGAGGUCCAGUGUGAUACUAUUCAAGGAGGACACAGAUACUGGAUAGUCCACACUUUCCUGGGGAUCUGUUACCAGAUGCUCGGCGACAAUCACAGGGCCAUCAGGGCUUACUGGGAUUCAGCACAAUCAAAGGCUAUUUUUCAAGGGAAGAAUCCCGCCAUGAAGAGAAUAGCUAUAGUUUAUCUAUGUAUGUAUGCUUCACAUAGGUCUGACAGAGGAUAGUUAUGGUGUAUGUAUGUUUCACAGAAGUUUAUUAUACGAUAAACGGACAGAGGAUAGCUGUGGUGUAUCUAUGUAUGUAUGUUUGUCUCACAGAGGUCUAUAACACGAUAACCGGACAGAGAAUAGCUAUAGUGUAUCUAUUUAUGUAUGGCUCACAGAGGUCUUACAGAGGAUAGCUGUGGUGUAUCUAUGUAUGUAUGUUUGUCUCACAGAGGUCUAUUACACGAUAACCGGACAGAGAAUAGCUAUAGUGUAUCUAUUUAUGUAUGGCUCACAGAGGUCUAACAGAGGAUAGCUGUGGUGUAUCUGUGUAUGUAUGUUUGUCUCACAGAGGUCUAUUACACGAUAACCGGACAGAUAAUAGCUAUAGUGUAUCUAUUUAUGUGUGGCUCACAGAGGUCUAACAGAGGAUAGUUAUAGUGUAUCUAUUUAUGUAUGGCUCACAGAGGUCUAACAGAGGAUAGCUGUGGUGUAUCUGUGUAUGUAUGUUUGUAUCACAGAGGUCUAUUACACGAUAACCAGACAGUAUAUGUCUCAUGGACAUUUGACAGAGGAUAACAGUGUUGUAUAUACGCAUAUCUCAAAAAGAAUUUUAACAACUCAUUGCCCAUAACCUUUAUUAAUUUUGAUAAGAAGAGAUGAAUACAAAAGUGAAUUAAUUUGUAUGUACGUUUAAUGUCGAUAGGUAUUGUAUUCAGAUCAACUGGUUUGUUCAGCUUUGUAAAUAUUAUCAGUUAUACAUGUACAUUAAACAAUGUCAUCAUAAAUACAUUUGUAUGUCUUUGUGUAUAACGUUACAUUCAGUUAUGAUUUGGGGCAGAUAUAAUUAUGUUAAGCUCACAUAUUUGAAUCAAUUCAAUAAAUAGUAAUAAUAU